GCUUAGCCAGCCUUUCAUUCCAGCGGAAAGAAAAAACAGCAGAUUUGUCAAAUUCUGAAGUCAUUGUGGUUUUUUGUUAAAUGAGAGCUUACUGUCUUUUGCAGCAAUCUGAAAAACACUUCAACAUCUGUAUUAAGAUGACAGGCUCGAUGUAUUUCUAGCACACAUAAACUUCAUGUCAUAACAUAUAGUACUUGCUGAUGAUUUGAACCCAUGUCCCAAACCCAUUGAAUUACUUUAACUACACAACACUGUAGUCUGCUGGAGACUCUUGGUUUGGCAUGCUCAGAGCUUAUUUGCUGAAAUACGCCCUGGUACUUCAAUGAUCUUGGUUUGGCCUGGCAUUUUGAAGUCAGGAUCCAGACAAGCUAUUUGGCAGCAUCAUUUUGUAGGUAGCUUUACAGAUACUCCUUUGCAGAUAAUACACGAGAAGCUGGUAGUCAUGUCAGCAGCUUAGCUCUCCGGAAUUCUCAGCUUCAGCUGCUGUGAUGUUAAUAAAGUGUAAUCCAGAUGGCCAGCCAGCUUGCCUAGCUCUUUCCCAGUCUGUCUGUGAACUGGAUUGCUGAUCACUCGUUAGUUGUCAGGGUUAACAGAGCAUUGCAGGGGGGUGUGCCUUAAUGCAAUUAUCUUCUUAGAAAAACUGAAGACCGAGAGAUAUCUGCCUCUGCAGGGCAGUGAAAUGGAAAAUGAAGUGUUAGAUAUACUAUCAUGUACUUAAAACUGCUGUGAGCAGAGAUUCCAGUCAGAUGCUUAUUUCCACUCUGGUGACCAAACUAGAAAGUAUUUUCAUAUAUGGCAUCAUGUUUUUCCUAUCUUGUUAUAAGGUUGUAUCACUUCAAUUUACUGGAAAUUUCUUGAUACUGAACAGUGUUGUAUAGCUCGAAAAAAAGCAUUCAAAUACCUUCCCAGUGUAAGUCAAUUAAAUUUUGCAAAAGACACUCUGGAUAGUGCAAACUGUACGUACGAAACGUCAGAGCCUAAGCUGGCAAACAUGAAAGCAUCAAUUGAAAAUGUCCAUUUUAGUACUGGUUAAAUUGCUGUUUCUCUACACUGUACACAAAUCAACAUGUAAAUUUUAUUUCUAGUUUAAAGUCUCCUAAUUUGUUUCUUCAGUGAUAAAAAAGCUGGCUGCCUUUCACUGAUAUGUGAACUUAUGGAUAUGAAUAUUUAUGAGCUGAUAAAAGGUAUGUGGCAUAUGCUUAAGCAGACAAACUCUCCUUGUGUAGACUACAGAGUGGAAUUCAUUAUAUUGUCUUCACUCUUCCAUGUUAUGAAAUUUAUAGUGAAAUUUUGUGCUGUACUGAUUUACUCUCUUUCAUCUACCCAGUUGUUUAAAGCAUGGAUGCAUGCAGAAGGUUUCUAACGAGUCAGGACGGAGAAAGCCAUUACCUGAAAAAAAAAUAAAGAACUACAUGUACCAGUUAUGCAAAUCUCUUGAUCACAUACAUAGAAAUGGGAUAUUUCACAGAGAUGUGAAACCAGAAAACAUAUUAAUAAAGCAGAAUACCCUGAAGUUGGCAGAUUUUGGAUCUUGUAGGACAAUAUAUUCUAAGCAGCCAUACACAGAAUAUAUCUCCACACGCUGGUACCGAGCACCUGAGUGCUUGCUUACAAAUGGCUACUAUAGCUACAAAAUGGAUAUAUGGAGCGCUGGCUGUGUUUUCUAUGAAAUGACCAGUUUUCAGCCUCUGUUUCCUGGAUCUAAUGAUCUGGACCAAAUUUCAAAAAUCCAUGAUGUUAUCGGCACUCCUGCCAACAGAACUCUCAACAAGUUCAAGCAGUCAACAAUUUUGAAUUUUCAUUUCCCUUUUCAAAAAGGAAAAGGAAUACCUCCUUCGGUGCACAAUGUAUCUGCUAAGGGAUUAACUCUCCUGUACGCAAUGAUAAAAUACGAUCCUGACGAGAGAAUUGCUGCCCAUCAAGCAUUGCAGCAUCCUUAUUUUCAGGAGCUCUGGGCAGCUGAUACACAAGCGUUGGCCACGCACAAAAAAGUAAGAUUACUAGAAAAUACAGUAGGGCAAGUGCCUCUGCAUUUGUGGCAAAUUUCAAAGGGAAGUCAAAGAGAGCAUUCUCUUAGGAAAGUCCAGGAUAAAGCAAAACGUCAGCAUGGACCUCCUUGUGGAGAACUACCAGUGCUAAGCCCUUCUGCAGCAGCUAACCUGCCUUCCCCUCCUACACCUUCUUCACAUUCAGUUUUUCCCGCAGCUAAGGAAAGUGGUGAAACCUCUGUGCUGCAGUCCAUUAGGUUUAUUGGAUCAAAUCUGGAGGUACAGAUUCUCACUUGCUUAUUAAAGUAUAACAACAAAAUACGCUUUUUUGGAGCAUAUUUCAAAAUUCCGUUGUUUCUUCAACAGUCUGAGAAACAGAAGACUCGUAAGUCUUCCCUGAAACAUUACCACUUACCUGCUAUAGAACGAAGAGGAGGAAGUUACUGACACUUCUAAGGUAUUGAGAGUGUGAAGAAAAACAAGACUGUGCAGUGAUCGUUGUUAGAGAUCCAACAAGAACAACAGUGCUUUAUUUUGUGUUUCUCUGACAAGUGUCAGAAACCCCCCAGAGCUAUACAGGGCUGCUUACCCAACUCUUUGGUGUUCUGCUCCUGAAGAUGAUCGAUAUUUAAUUAAACACUUUCUAAGUAUUUUUUUUUUCCUUUUAGAACCCAAUGGAAGAAGGGAUUGGUUAAAAAUAACAUGAGAGGAUUUGUUGAGGUUCAGCAUUAGGAAUGGAACGUUACCUACAAGUUUUCGUAUUAGAUAAUAAAUGACUGCUAACUUCUGGAAAGUACCUCCUGUAUUUAAUGACUUCAACCUCAAGCUUUACUGAGAACUUGCAGACUAUGCAAACGUAUAUUUGAUUUUGAUACAGUUAGUGUGGCUGGUCAAUAUUUUUAUAUACCUACCAGUUAAAAGGGUAAGCAACAUCUAACUGAUUCAAAAGCAAAGCAGCUGAGAUUCUGCUCACACACUUGUCUUAGUGGAGGAAUUGCAGUUCAGCAGUAGAUCAGAGAAAAGGGAGACUCAAACAGCAGAAUGCAACAGCAUAGGUAGGUGCUGUUUCUCAUUUUAGUUUGCAAGUCAUACUGGAUGAAGGUCAUCUUUCUUCUACUUCUAUGUAGAAAAUAAUUCCUAAUCAUGAUUAUAUCAAAAGUGAGUGCGAGUACAUGAAGACACAGUGAGCAGCUGAGUGAUACUGUCCUGCUACUGAUAUUCAUCUUUGUAUGUUAGAAGUUCAUACUGUUCAAACCAAACAGGUGGAGAGCUUGAACAGUAAUAAGGCAAUCCAGUAUUUGUCUGAAUUCCUAACAUUGGUUUAUAUACAAAAAAAAAAAAAUUAAAAGGUGUGAUGCUAAGCUUAGGAAAUGGAAUGAAGGACUGCACCUGAUCAGCAACCUCCAACUUUUACAUUUUUUGCUGUGAGCUUAUCCAGUGCUUUGUGCUUUUUUCCUCUAGAGCAGAAGAUGAUGAGAAAAGGUUAUCAGACUGUAUAUCACCAGCAGUUUUCUCUCACAUUAGUAUUUGGUCACAUCAGUAUUUGGGGCUGUUGGUCCACUAGAAUGAAGAAAAAGCAAUUCAGCAGAUUGCUUUUGCUAUGAAAGUUGGCUAUUUCAUAUGAAGCACCACUGUGGAAUGUUUUCUUCAUUUCUUUUAAGCUUUCAGGUGGAUUUUGCACAUUUUGGCACAUACGGUGCUUCAUGGACCUUUAUUUAAUAACAACUUCCUUACUAUUCCUCUGGAAACCAAAUAUAAUUCCCUGACUGUUGGAUUAGUGGGCAAACUUGAGUUUUCCCACUUGCUUUCUAGUUAAAACACAUUCAACUUUAAAAUAUAAAUCGGCAAGCAUUGUUCCUACCCUCAUCCUUCCAGCUAAAAUUCUGCAUUGAGAUUCUCUUUCAUUAUUUAUUUUGCUUUAAUCUAUAAUUAUUUUUCCUACCAUGUUAAGAGCUAUACCUUUUGUAGAACUCUAAAUUAUUUCCAGGUAAGUUGUUUUCUUUUUCUUCCUAAAACCAGUUUUUCCAUAGUGGAGAAAUGAUGGGGGGGUGGAAGGCUUCCAGGUGAUGCCAAGUGGUAGAGAUAAUGCAAAAAACCAAAAGCACACAUGGACUCCUUGUACGCUAUUCAACUAUGACUGGUAGCAGGACGUGCUCUGCAAACGGGCAUGUAAGUAGCUGCUGUUAUUACCCUAAUGUUGGAUGCUAUGGUCCUUAUGGUACUGCUUUUUUUUUCCUACAGCUGGUAGAUGACAGAAGGUCCUUUAAAGGCCUUUGUUACAUCAUUUCCUCAACUGUUUCACUUUGACUCAAACCGUAUGAAGCACUCAUACAAAGAACUCUCCAGGGAGAGAACUACAUUAGAUUUCAAUGACAAGGUUUAUCUGUAUUUUAACAGUUAAACCCAAUAUGUUAAUAAAACAGAACUUCUGAACAAUAAUGCUGUUCAGUUUCAGUAUUUUCCCCAUUCGUUGUAUUAUAGAAAACCGCAAAUAUAUGAGAAUUGUAAAGUACAGUUCUGUCUUUAAAUGAAGUAGACAAUCCAAAUGCCAGUUUAUAAAUACAUCUGGCAUUUCUUUAUAUGCUAGCUGAAUGACAAGAACAAGAGAUGUAGUUACAAGCAGCCAUACAGUUGUUUCUCUCCAAGUUUUCAUUCAUCUCCUGCCUGAAGGUACCUAAAACGGUUACUCGCAAUUAAAAGCAUUCCACCCAGCUCUGUGGCUGGGAGCAGGACGGGCCGUUGGUUGCUGAAUUAUGGCCUCAUGCAGAGCUUGUGCCUGCUGUCAGGCACGCUGCACUGUCAGGCUCGUGGCCUCAGCUCUGCUCUGCUGACCCAAUGCCCAUCUGCAAGAUUGGCCAAGAGGCUGCGUGUUUCUGUGCAGGACUAAGAGAUGGGGGGGAACACGAGUCAUUGAUGGGGCUUGAUAUGAGGCAGCAGCUCUCUGUCUUUUUUCCAGUCUUUGCAAGAAAUAGCAAAAAACAGUUUAAGUGUUCUGUUGCUUACAUCUGUGUUUAGACAAGCAGCAUUAAACGAUACAGAUUUCCAUAAUAGUUACCAAUUUAAAACUGUUGAAUUGUAAACAAGAUGCCUAUAGGAGGGAGCACCAAGUUGUCUCAGAACCAUGUCUUCUUCUGUAUGCUGACAUCAUUUUAGUUUGCCAGGUCAGAAGGUGGCUGUGUCUACUCCUGCUGGAUUAUUCACUUCUACACUCCCGGGACAGAUAGGCAGCAUUAUGUGAUCACAAAAUCCUCACCCCACAAAGCUGGCUGCGGGAAUUCCGCUACGUGGUGUGCUUCGAGAUGAACCACGAAGAACGAGAAUGGACCAAAGUCACUUCAUUUUCCUAGUCAAAAUUCAACUAUAUUAAAUAUGAAGCAAUGUUCCAGGUGAGAUUUUUUUAAAAGGAGUUUGUUCUACAAAGUUUAUAUUAUAUUUCUGUACCAAACAUUUAAUUCAACAAAGGAUUGAUUACAUCAAAACUGAUCAAAUUGGAACAGAAAGUAAACAAAAAUGCAUAUUCAAGAUAGUUUAAUAUGUAUUUUCUGAAUUAGAAAUAUCACUUUCUUAAAUGACUGAGUUUCUAGUGUAAUGAUCCAUUAAUCCCCUCCCCAUCACUGAAUUACAUUAUUUAUACAUAUAAUACAGAGCUGAUUGCAGUUGGAAACAACAAUAUUAAAAUAAAUGUUUAAUAGAUACAAAGGAUCUUCUCUCCACAACAUAGUUUUUCUGGUGUUUAGACACCGAUUUUAAAGUAAUUUUCUAUUAGCAUUAAACUAUUUAAGUGCAAAACAAUUCUGUUUUAAAAAUCUAUGAUUGCAGCAUCCAUCUUCCUGAAUAACAUUUGAAGCCGGAAAGUAAUGACUUUCAUGUUCUAUGAGUGCAUUCCAGGCUGUCCUCUCGCCAUCUCUGGUUAAAAAAAUCAGUGCAAAAUAAACAAUGGUGAAGUACUAAUUUAACCAUUGAACUUACUUCAAUUUAAGAAACAUACUUUAUUUUACACUAUAUAUAUUUUUAUUUAUAUAUUUAUAUAUAUAGAUUAAAUUACACCGGACUUUAAAAGUAUAAAGAAAACCAAAAAUGUUACUAUUUGUUUUUUACUGCAGCACCAAAGGAAGCUUUUUUUUUUGUUUUUAAAUGAAAACUUCCUUGGGUGAGCAGCCCGCAGUAUUAGCUGUAAUAAGAACUCAUUACAUUAUUCCUUUUCAAAUUACUAUGUGAUUCACAUAAUUCCAUGUUUACACUCUGCCACAUUAUAAUUUGUGAUGCUCUUUGCCUGAAGAACAGCUCCUGGUUCCAUUGCCAUUACUUCUUGUCCUGUGUUCAGAGAUUUGCUAGCAGUAGUGUGGUGGCUAUACUACAGUUCCACUUGGAGAAUUGGCCUGGUUUUGGGAUGACAAUAAACCCUGCAAACAAAGCAGUUUACAUUAAUCCAGCAAGAGAACCUGAGAGUACUUUUAUAAAAUUAUUAGCCUGAAGCUAACAUUAGUACAAUUUAGUUUUACCACCACUUGCUCACUGAAGGUAUCAGCACCUGCUUCCCCACAAAAGAACCUAAGCCACUCUUGUAUCAGUCAGCAGCACACAAAAGAGCUUUCAGUAAGUCAUGACGCGUGUGCGUUUCAGGCGCGCGGCGCACCCGAUCCCAGCACUGCAUUUCAGUCUGCCCUGCGCUCUGAGGCGCUGUGAACUGUGCAGCUUUAGAGACUGUGCACCCAAAAAGGGAUCGUUUUAUUGGGGGUAGCAACGAACAAACCUAUUUCAAUAGCAGCAAGGUUGACGACUAACCUGAUACAGGAGAACGUUCAGUCUCUUAUACGCUAUUGAAUAUUACAGGCUUUAAAUAGAAAAAUAGAUUCUCUAACCAAAUACUGAGUUUGGUCAUUGUAAGGAGAAUGACACUGGUAGGAGUUCAGUAAAAAUUCCCAUUACAACUUAAGCUUGUGUUCAGAACUUAUUUAAACUGCCAUUCUAAUAAAAUGAGACUUUAUUUCAGGUGUAAUUCUGCUCCUGCAUGGCAGCCCUAGCUCAGCAGGGGCCACCGUUCUGCAUUAAGGCAGCCACACCAUGGGCAAAAGGCUCCACUUUCGAUGUAUGUAUAGUAGCCCCUUUUUAUCCAUUCACAUAGAAGGAACCAUACACCGGUUAUUUAGGAAAAGCUUAAUAUCAAAUGGCAAUUUUGUUUUCUUGCAUUGUCCAUUAUUUAAUUAAAACAACUGCCUGCAGACUCGCACAAUGGCAGCUGAGCUGGAAGCACACCAGUGACUGUCGCUGUGCCACUCGCACUACGCGGACACGAUAAAUGCGCUUCUACCAAUUCCUCUCAAUAGCUACCAGCUUUUUUCUUACCUCAAAAAUAAAGUUCCUGUGACUCAGAUCCAUCAAACCAGACAGGUCUGGGCAGCAGUUAACACACAAUGCAGAAUUAGGUCACAUCUUCAGAAUCUACAAGAGCUCUUUCUUGCUUGGGCCCCAGAACUGAAAAGUCGCUACUGAUGGAAGAAAACCCUGACCACAGACAGAGGUGGAAGGGGGACUGGAUGGGCUGGGUUCAACCCAGAGACACUGCAUUUUCAGCAAGAAGAAAAAGUUUCAUUGUUAUUAGUUAUGGAGUAAUGAGAGGGCACAGUUUUAAAGCAAACAAGCUACUGAAGCGCUCCUGACCAUUUUUACCAAGAAAGGAAGAUGAAACAGAACUCUAUAGUUCAUUUACCGAAGCCUUCUUCAGAAGUCAAUUAAAUCCAGCAACAACUGGAAGGUCUUCCUUGCAAGAUUACAUCCACUAAGCAAGUUGCACGUUCCCUGGAAAAAGACGUCCAAAAGGUAUUAUUUUCAGUCUUUAAUAAGAAAGACAAAUGGUUCACAUGCAAAUGCGUGCUUUAUAAGCACACAGAAAGUAGUAGGGAUGGCGUAACACAGUCUUUUUCAAGAGGAUCAAGCAAAGAGAAAUAAGCACUAAUCUAAUAUUGCAUUUGUAAUGCAACCAUAAUUGAGAAGUGAAGAGUCAUUUAUUUUCCUACAGCUCCAGUUGUAGUUGUACCAGUAGAAACUGGGAGCACGUGCUGAAACGCAGCGCGGUGCCCAAUUCCGCAGGGACUACAACCAGCUCUGGAAUACACGUAGGUUCCAAGACCAGGCACAUGGAUUCCCUCAGCCCUGGUUUCAUCUUCCACACCGUGCAUAUUCCCUGCAGCCAAAGCACCACGGAGGUGACAUACGAGUAUGGGAACAGUGGGAACUCCCACUGCAGCCCUUGUUCUAAAUGAUUUCUGCAGCUGUGAGCAGGCAGGGCACAGGGACACCAAACUGGAGAGAACGGUACGAUCAGUGUGUGCACAACUACAGGCAUUUCAGAAACCGCCUAAAACUUAGCAAGUAUCACCUUAAAACACGACCAAGUUCCAGCAAUGCAAUUGCUAUCCUGAAAUUCACUUCUGUGCCACAGGUCAGUGUUGCCAGUUCCUCUGAGCACUUCGGCUUCCAAAAUCAUCUCAGACCACAGAUAUUCAUACAAGGAAAACAAGAAUAAAGGUCAGGGCUUCAGGUGUGAAAGUUUUACAGAAGAGGGCAAGAAUUCCAGGUGGGUCCUGAGUAGCAAGAUUCUAUGGAGCUUUGCCACAGUAAAGAAGCUUUAGGAGGUCUUGUUUAGAAAAGCACGCAACUGCUCCAAAAAGUAAGCUUUGGUACAAUCACUACUAUGUCAGACUACGAUCCGUAAUACAAAGGCUGUGGGACUGGAAUAUUUCUGACAGCAUUCUCCAGGAAUAAGGUUAUAACAACCUCAAAAGUUCCUGCAUGGAAACAAAGGAUAAAGGGAUCAGAGCACAGCGCUUUGUGUGGUGGAACCACCCAGCCUGGGCAGGCGGGCGCUGAAGGAUGGAACAAAACCUGCAGCACCUCAUUAGAGCAACAAAAACCACUGCUGCUUAAUAGCUGUGACAGAGAAAGUGAAUAACAGAGAUAGCACAGCUUCACAUCUGCUGUGCUGAAGAACACAUACCACACCUCAGCUUAGUUGAAGAACAAACAGAUCAUACUCAGCAUGCAACAGAGACAAAUCAAGAGAUUGUUCAAAAAAGUUUUGAAAAUAAAUGCAGUCUUUUAUUAGCACUGUUAUUUUGUCAGCACGUGACGCUGGCAGGGGGUGAGAAACAGAGCAGUUAUGAAACUCAAGUCGGGAACUGGAUAAAACCACCUUCAUCAGAACCUCAGAGAGAGCCCCAAGGAGGUGCUGCAUCACUGCUGUUCCACUGGGCCUCUCCGGCAAAGGGCUGGGUUGUUUUUCUGCCAUCAGUUAGCAGUGUGGGAGCAUCACGCAUGCUGUUUCAGGGCACGCUGCCACACCACACUGAUCCAUGCAUUCUCUGGCUUCCCAAAACACAUAGCACUCUGUGUAUUUAGUAAGAACUUUGAGGACAUAUCAAUAGGCUAGCGUGGGAAUAAAAAGCUGUAACAAAUGCAAUCAAAAUGACCAUUUCCAUCCAAUUGCACAGCUCUCAGCCCUGUGGUCUACUCAGAAAGCCCUGCGGAGACCAGCCCUGGCAAUUCCUGAGAUGGCAGGGAGUUGCUUUUAAGAAGUGCUGUGAUUUGUUUUUUUUCCUCAGACGAUUAUACGAAGCACAAAGUUUCCUAAUGGAAACAGUGUGAAAGAUCAGGAUGAGACUGCUGAAUGGAAAAAUACAUCAGGAAGAUACAGAGUAAAGCCAUCAGCAACUACAGAGUUGAUAUUUUCUUUAUGUAAAUUAGAACAGGACUAACAGGAGCCAAAGAUGUCACUAAUGUGGAUAACAAACUGCAUGUUCAGACACACGGUCAAGUCAGUGUAAAGCUGCUGCCUAAGUGCAAAUGCACAGCUCUGCUGGCACACACAGUGCUGCCUGGAUGCUAACAGCAGCAACUCGGGAACUCGCUGGAUGGCAGAGCUCAGCACACUUCUGCUUUGCUUUGAAAUUGAAAAGUAGGGUGAAAAAGAAGCAAAGCAAACGGUCCAGCGCAAAUACAACCAAUAUAAGAAACCUUCUGUACACAUACAGGCUAACAGGUCCCACAGUACAUCACUAAUGCAAUUAGGCCAGCAACAAACAACAGAAUUAAUGAAUGCCCAUGCAAAAGUGCCAUUGAUUUGUUACGUCAUUACUGCUAUCGCCAAUAUCUGAAAUAAUAAUCAUUGGCAGAGCAUUGCACGCCCAGUUCUUGUUCGAAACUGUGAUAUUCAGAGUCACGUGAAACAAAAAGUCAUCCAGACUGAGAGCUUCCCUUGACAAAAGAGCCCACAGCCUUAAUCCUGCAUUUGAGCAAUAAUAUGCUCAAACAAAAUGAGAUUUUUCACAUUUGUUUAAAAUCCUGCAGUCAAAUCAGCUGAAUUGGAUUAAGAUUAGUGUGAACAAAUGGCCAACAGUUUCUUAUCCAGAUGAGUCAGCAUUUAUUAGCUUAAAUCGUUGAACUGCAUAUAUUUACUAAAUCAGAUACUUACUAAAUCAGUCUCUGAUGGAGUCAAAAUUAAUCGCUGAAGAAUGUUAAGGAAGUUUCAAGGAAGCGCUUACUGAACAGUAACAAAACCUGCUACAGAGAACCAUUUUAUAUGGGAUUCAGGAGGACAGAGCCAAACUGAUAGCUAUCUUUACAAUCUGUAUACUGUAGAGAGUUCUAAAUGUGUUAUUUGCACUUGGUUGGCUUUGUUUUAUUCUAGUGGUGGUAUAGAAAAGUACAACUUCCUUGGCAUUUGAUUUGGCAUAUCAGAUCUCCUAAAAGCAUGUAGUAGCAACAUGCAGAUUGCAGUUGCAGCUUCACUUCUGCAUACCCAAAGGAGUUUUUCUUCUAAUAGAGAUGCAUCACCAUUGUGGUUGUGAUCAAUGAAAAGCUGCUAGAAAACUAGCAGGCUAGCAAAAAAUCUUGCCUGUGUAGCAAUACAGGGUAAGAUUAUUUUGAGACUAGUUUUUGAUUGGCAAAUGGAAGAAUUUUUGCUUAUUUUCCUGUUGGAGAUGAAUAAGAUGCAACUAAGUGUGCACUGGGAAAAGCACAGAAAGCUUUUGCCAGCAGAAACCUGAUUUGACUCAGUCAAUAGGAAAUGCAGCUUCAUUUAGGCAGCGAGGGCUCACGUGGUUAGAACACCUCUCCCCAGACUCUGCAAACUAUAAAAGCCAGUGAAGGUUUUGACUUUUUGGAUUAGAAAAUAAUGCAGUUGAAAUAAACCAGGAGAAAAACUGGGGGAGAAGCAGAUGACUUAAGGGAAGCUCAUCUUGGUAAGUUGUAAAAUAAGCAUGAUCUCAUCAUGAGAAGAGAUGAACCCAAAGAUUAAGCACCUACCUAACAUCCAACUUUACAAACAGAAAAUAACAUGACCAAGCAAGUUAUUUCCUUGAGAAGUUUGUGCAACGUUAUUAAAUAAAGGCAAGCAAGAAAACA